AUAAAUCAGACCUCCAUGAAAUUAGCAAACUGAUUUAAAGUGACAUCGAUCAAUAACUCUAUCUGGACUUUUCAACCAGAAAUAACACAAAUGAAUUCGUACGAAAGGCAAAAACGGCACUUUUAGCUUCGAUAAUUUGCGAAUCGAGGAAACUUGAUCGAGUGAAAGGUGUACGAGUGUCCGACUGUCGGGGUACGCAGGGGUCGUCAGGAAUGCACUGGUGAUCAGAAAAGUUGUCGAAAUUUCAAAGAAGUUUUUUCGAAAAAAGCCGGUGAUGGGCAAUCAUAUGACAAGAAAGGGCAGUGCCAAGAAAAAAGCCGGCGCAACAACAGGUGGUGUUCUCCAAGUAACCACAAAAACAAUGUCCCGGAGUCCUUCGGGAACUGAUAUACAGAAUGGAUCGCACACUCAGUUUCUUCCCAUCGACAAUUUAGCCAAGAUUUUAGCCGGGAUUUCUCUUCGCGAGGAAUCUGUUCACGGAAUAACAGCAAGUGUAAUAAAAAAGUAUCUCUUUCCACACCAUCCGGAAUUAGCAGAAAGAUUGUUUAUUUAUUUCCACUGGUCUGCUAAAGCCAGCACUCCACAUCUCGGAACAACAGCUUUUCGACAGCAAGCCGAAAAGUUCCUUUCAGUGAUGAACGACGAUUCGGUGCUGGAAAGUUACGUCAAAAUUUACUCGAAUUUGAAGGAGGAAGGAGAUGUUACUCCUCAAACUUUAAAAUCACUCCUCAUGGUGUCUUACACUUUGGCGAUGGGAAAUGACAACAUAGUAACUUUGCUCAGUGCAGAAAGAACUUUCAAUGCAGUACUUAUUUCAUGUUUUCAUGGAAAAGAAAGUUUGUCCGUCAGCUUUGUGAGCAACUGGCUGUGGCAAAAUUGUCCCCGUAUAAUUCAAGGACUUCAUCGAUACGUGGUUCAUGUUUUAACAACCGCCUAUCGAUUUGGAAAUAGUCUUUUGUGCAAAGAGGAGUCACAGCCUCAGUUAGAACCAGCAACUCCUGUUUUGGAACAACCACCCGAUGCUCUUGAUUAUUCGCAACCCUUUUUACCAAUCAGCUACGUUUGGCUACUAUCCACGAGUUUACCUUCAAUUUACACACAGCUUGCGUCCAGCGAUGCCGAGCCUCAUCAGUCGGAAGACUCUCGGUCCGAGGGAAUGCAAGCUUUAAUAGACAAGAUGUCAGGUAACAUUUGUCCUAGACACUGGACUCUCUUAUAUAACAGUGAUCAGCACGGCACGGGUGUAAAUCGCUUUUUGCAUCACGUUUUGGGAUACAAGGGCCCAACUUUGAUAUUUAUCAGAGCCGUGAGUUCGGACGGAGAAAAGGAGAAUUGUCCCACGUACUGCAUUUGUUCGACUCUCGAGUGGCGAGAGUCGCAUCUUUACUGGGGCGAUGAAGAUUCCAUGGUGAUUGAAUUAUUGCCUUCUUAUCGAGUUAUCGAGAAGGGGCCGAAACUUCUGUACUUAAAUACUGGAAUUCGAGGAUAUCCACAGGGUUUGCGAGCUGGCAAGGAUCCACGAGAACCCAGCAUUAUUGUUGAUCAAGCCUUCAAUUCUGUCACCUUUGAACGUGUCCCUUAUCGCAUUUCCAGUCUCGAAGUUUGGGGAUGCGGCGACACGAAAUCGAGAGAGAAGCAACUGGAGAUAAAAAAGUGGCAAGUAAAGGAAGCGGAGAAGCAGCGAGUAGUAAAAUUAAGUGCCACCGAAUGGCUGGAUCAUCCCGAUCGAUAUUUGUUAGAAUUGGGAGGUAGACAAACGUACAAUAAUUCCAGCAGUUGAAGAAUCGAAAAACGAUUGUCUGAAAUUGUAAAUAUGUAAAUAUCAAUUCGAGUGUUGGUAAUUAUUCUUACCAACACGCAAAUCUUCAUUUCUAAAUGAAAGUAACAAGUAAUUCAUCCCUCAAAUUAACAUCUCGAAGGUAUAUUUUAUUAACAAUAUUAUUAUUAUUAUUAUUAUUAUUUUUUUUUUUUUUUCAAAAGAGUAGUUCGAGAUGAUCUAAGGGAUUAAUUGCGCAUUUAGAUUUUAAAUUUUAAAGUGCCUAAAUGUGUCAGCUUCUAGACGGAAGUUUCUCAAGUGCCAAGAAAAAAAGUAAGUCAUUCGAAAUUAAUUUAAAAAAUCACUCGUUUUUCAAGGAUCAAUUUAAUCUUUUUAAUAAAAUUUGAAAGUAAAUUAUUUUUCAACGUUGUGGACAAUGCGACGCUUGAUUUCGAGAUUAUGAAAACAGUACAAGACUGGUGUGGCUAAAAAAGGUUGUUUAAGCUUGAGAUAUUAAAAAUUAAAAAAAAAAAGUUGCUGCUCUUUUGAAUGGCAACUCGAGGUUAGUGAUGUAUUUUUUAAAAAGCUCAGGGUGGUGAAUUGACUGGGAAUUUAAUUUAUUUUACACCGGAAAUUUACUUCUGAUUGUAAUAAAAUUCAAGUUUUCAUUAUUUAAAUAAUUUUUGGUCAAUUUAUAAAAGUGAUUUCUACUUUUUAUCAAUUCGUUGGGCAUAUAAGUGUGUUUUUUGUAGGUUGCGGAUUAAUUUACUUAUUUAAAAA